AUGGCGCAGCCCCCAGCUUUUCUUGCAAAUGUUCAUUGCAAUGAGUUGUUGGUCUGGUUCAAGGCCUAUGGCUUCUGGUACACUAUCAAUACUGGACCCUUGCUAAAAUUCAACUCUGCUAUCCUGCUGUUACCUGAGUCAUGGAGAUCCUACAGCAAUGGUUCAGGAUCACUGCCCUCUGGUGAGGGUCAAAGCAUGUACUCCCACACCCUGCAUCUGGACCAGCUCUCCCCAGAUGCAGUCAGUGGGGAUUCAGUACAGGACGUAUGUAGAAAACUUCAAGCAUUGAUGAAAAUCAAUAAGCAGUUGUGUUCAGAAAGCAACGGCCCUAUUCCAAAUCCCUAUGGCUCGGACAACGAAUUAUGCAUCUUUUGCAAACGGAUACUAGAAGAAGAAGAAGCCAAGUCCAAUAAGAGCGUGGGAGAUUUAUCAAGAGCCACGAGGGCGGCUGCCCCGGCAAAGCUGAAUUGUGAGGAUUUCAAGCAAAGAGGAAAUGAUGGGAGUUUUAUCUGUACCUCUGAGGCUUCUGCAGUUUGCGGCACAGAUGGGAAAACAUACCGCAGCAGGUGUGAGCUGUGUGCCGAGAAUGAGAAAAACAAGAGACAAGUUGACAUAAGAAGUGAAGGCGAAUGUGGCAGCAGCAGUUUCGAGAAGGAUGUGUGCAGUGACUUUCGGGCCUAUGUGCAAGAUGGAAGACUCGGAUGUACAAGGGAGAAUGAUCCAGUCCGUGGUCCUGAUGGGAGGACCCAUGGCAAUAGAUGUGCCAUGUGUGCUGAGCUCUUUAUAAAAGAAGCUCGAGAAAAUGCCACACGUGCGAGAGAGAGCAGAAUUCGGCGAGAUGCUGAGAAGGAACUUUGUAAGGAGUUUGAAAACCAAGUGAGAAGUGGAAGACUCUUUUGUACCCGUGAAAGUGACCCAAUCCGUGGCCCUGAUGGCAAGAUGCAUGGGAACAAGUGUGCCCUGUGUGCUGAUAUAUUCAUGAGACAAUUUUCGGAAGAAAAAAGUAAAGCAGAGAAAAAACAGAGAGACACUGACGAAAGGGCUAAAGCUAAAGUGGAAAUUGAGAAACGCUGUAGUGAAUUCCGGGAUCGUGCAAAGAACGGGACACUUUUCUGUACCAGAGAAAAUGACCCUAUUCAAGGUCUGGAUGGAAAAACGCAUGGCAACUUGUGUUCCAUGUGCCAGGCUUUCUUCAAAGCAGAAGCUGAAGAGCAGAAGAAUGCUGAAGCUGGAACCAGAAGCAGAAGAGGGUCCGAAGACUCAGAAACAUAUGCCAAGCUGUGUGAAGGAUAUCGCAAGGUCAGAAAGAAUGGACAACUAUAUUGCACCAGAGAGAAUGACCCAAUCAGGGGCCCCGAUGGGAAACUCCAUGGCAACACAUGCUCCAUGUGUGAGGCUUUCUUUAUUCUAGAAGACAGAGCAAGAGCGAAGGUUAAAAGAGAAGCUGCAAAGGAAAUCUGCAGUGAGUUCCGGGACCAAGCAAAGGAUGGGAUGCUCAUGUGCACUAGGGAAAAUGACCCUGUUGUUGGCCCAGAUGGAAAAACACAUGCAAACAAGUGUGCCAUGUGUGCAAGUGUGUUCCUAGUAGAAGAGGAAGAGAAGAAAAAAGACGACAAAGGAGAGAAGGAUAAGGUUGAGGCUGGAAAGUCGAAGAGAGAAGCAAUACAGGAGCUAUGUAGUAAAUACCGUUCCCAGGUAAGAAAUGGCCGGCUCCCCUGCACCAGAAAGAAUGACCCCACUGAGGGUCUGGAUGGGAAGAUCCAUGAAAACACCUGCUUCAUGUGUGAAGCUUUCUUCCAGCAAGAAGCAAAAGAAAAUGAAGCUGUGUUCACAAUAAAGAUUAAAAGAGAUGUUAAAAAGGACUGCAAUGAAUUUAUGAGUCUUUUAAAGGAUGGAGAACUUUACUGCACACGAGAAAAUGAUCCCGUGCGUGGCCCGGAUGGCAAGACCCAUGGGAACAAGUGUGCCAUGUGCAAGGCUGUCUUCGACAGAGAAAAAGAAGAAAGAAGGAAGAAAGAAGAGGAAAAUCAGAGAAUCACUUCAGGCCAUGGCUCUGGUGGUGGGAGACAGAAGGCUAAGGAGGAAUGUGCUCAGUACUGGGAAAGCAUGAAAAAUGGACAGCUCAGCUGUACUCGUGAGAGUGACCCUGUACGCGGUGCUGAUGGGAAGCCAUACAACAAUAAAUGCGUCAUGUGUAAAGAGCUGCUGCAGAAAGACAUAGAGGAAAGAAAUAAAAAUUCUGCUGAAAGAUCAAAUGGGACUGGCUCAGCCACGGGGAAGGAUGUAUGUGAUCAGUUUAGAAGCCAAAUGAAGAACGGGAAACUCCUCUGUACUCGGGAAAGUGACCCUACCCGGGGUCCAGACGGCAAGACUCACGGCAACAAGUGUGUUAUGUGCAAGGAGAGGUUGGAAAGAGAGGCCGCUGAAAAGAAAAAGAAAGAAGAUGAAGCCAAGAGAAACACGGGGACAAACAAGAAUGAUAAGGAGGAUCAAUGCCAUGAAUUCCGGAGCAUGCAGAGAGAUGGGAAGCUGAUCUGCACCCGAGAAAAUGACCCUAUCCGAGGCCCAGAUGGCAAGACGCAUGUCAACAAGUGUGCCAUGUGUCAGAGCAUAUUCGAACGAGAAGCUACUGAAAGAAAGAUGAGGAAUGAAGAAAACUCAGGUCCUCAGCCUGCAAAUGAGGGAAAGGACCAUUGUGGAGAAGUUCACAACACAGCAGGCAAUGCAAAACCUAGGCAGGCCAGGAGUUCUUUGCCCUCCGUGGCUGGGAUCAGCGAAGAUGAGUGCAGCGAGUUUCGAAAGCUCAUGAGGAAUGACAAGCUUCUCUGUUCACAAAAGGAUGACCCAGUGCUUGGUACUGAUGGAGCUCUCUAUCAACACAAGUGCCACAUGUGCAGAGCUGUCCUUGAAAAGGAAGCUUUGGAAAGGCCUGAACUCCAAGGAAAUCCAUCACACAUUAGAGUUACUAAAGAAGAAGGAGGUCCAGGAUUUCCCAGCUCCUCUGAGGACUCUGACAUCUGCAAACACUACCGAAUAUUGCCCAGGAUGGGUUAUCUUUGCCCAAAGAAUAUUCAGCCUGUAUGUGGGGAUGAUGGCCAAACCUACGCCAACCCCUGCAUGCUCUGCCAUGAAAACCUGAUCCGUCAGACUAAUACACGCAUACGAAGUCAAGGGAAGUGUGAGGAGAGCAGCAACCCCAAAACAAUACCUGCUGAAACACCUGCAUCUGAAAAAUGAACAAUGACUGGUGAAAGUCGCAAGGAAAAAGCUAUGCCUCGAUUCUGAACUGCCUACCUUCACCAUCUGUGUAUAUAAAGAAUUCUUCAUUUGUCUUUUUACUAUAGAAAACACAGAGCUGUUGGUAUUGGACUCGCUGGUUCUUAGUCUUUCCACCUCUUUCCUUCUAGACUCAGUGAUCUGAAAACGGAGAGAGCUCUCCACCCAGUCUGUGCUCUGGAAAUCUGAUCACAAUGUUGUCUGCUCAACUGCCCAUUUAAUAAAAGUAGAAACUCAGCAGAACAUCCUUUUGGGGAUUUGUUUCUCACUGCUAGGUCAUAGGAAUUUUUUAAAAAUAGAAGCUGGAUAUAUGGUGCCCUUUGUCUUACAUUGGCAGACAAGUUGCUGCCAUUGUUGGGAAUAAGUCCCUAGAAUGAGAGUGGGUACAAUAUGGGCUCUCAGGCAGCUAAUACUUGUGUGAAGCUAUCUGUCACCAUAUCAGACCCUUUACUUAGUAUCUGUAUUACCAUAAAUACCAUAACUCAAUUUUUAUAAGUCCAAUAAUUGAAACCAUCCAGAAAUUUCUCAUAUCUAAUUAUUUACCUCUUGAAAUAUAUUUUUUUAAUUUUGAGGUUAUACCAUGGCUUACUACCUACAGUCUGAGAAAGACUAAGAAAUUGAAAACACAAUAUAUGUAAACCCCUAGAAUGGCAAUCUCCAGCAAAAAUGUCGUAUGAGCCAUUUAUAUAAUUUAAAUUUUUAGUACUUAACAAAAUAACCAAGUAAAAUUAAUUCUAAUUAUUUUAUCUAUCUCAAUAUAUGAAUUAAACUAAUAUACAUAUUUUAUUUAAUAAAUCAUUGAUAUUGAUGUGUAUUUUCCACUAUUUGUACAUCUAGUUUGGGCCAGUCAUGUUUCAGAUGUUCGAUGGCCAUAUGUAGCUGGAGGUGGCUACAGUGAACAAGGCAGCAACCAACAUGGGCCAACUGAGAAGUAACCAACAUAUUAGAGGGGUGGCUGGAGACAGCUUGAGGCUCCAGGCUCUCUACUGAGACUCUGCUAUUCUCAGACUAUAGUUGUUGGUGUUCUGUGGUAGCAGGAGGUGCCAGAUUCACUCCAAGAUUCUAGGCUGAGGCAGGACGAACUGCAGAAAGUACACAGAGAAG